CUAGCUGACCCUAGAGCAUAGCAAGGGCAUUGAUCAAAGACUAAUGAUGCCUCCCCCUAACCCUGAGGCAGACUAUCCUGCAAUGGGCCUGGGAUCAGCUCUACUCAGCCAGUCAAUGACUCAUGUGGGAGCUUUCUUCACUCCAGGGGAUGCCCAGAUGAACAGCAGACACUGAGGCACUGAAACCAAGAGGCUGGGAGGGACAGAGGGAAGAGGCAAAUCACUUUUUCAUUUAAUAAGCAUUUACUGAGGCUCCUUCUGGGCUCCUCUGAGAUGAACAAUGCUGGGGACUCAACAGUGACAAAGACAACUGCAGGCCCUGCCUCACAGGGCUUAGUCCAGUAGGGGUAGACAGACCUAUCUUCAGACAGUGACAGCCUGGUGGAUCAAGGUGAGACACCUGGCGAUCAAGAGGGCUUUCCAGGGAAUUCAUAAGGAUAACCAAAGGAAUACUGAGAAGAGCAUUCAAAGGCAAGGGCGUGCGCAUAGACAGAAAAGUUUGCAACAGACUAGGGAGUGGGAAGACAGGGAUGAAGGGUAGGCAGGCCAGACAAUGCCAUCUUUGAUGCCAGAUUUAAGGGCCUGGACUCUGUCCCAAGGGCCCUGGGGAGCCAGGAGAGUUUCAAGCAAGGGAGGAACAGAGUCAGGUUUGGCUUUAGUAAAGACUCCCCUGGCUACCAUGCAGUGAGUGUACCAGAGUGGGGAGACAGGCUGGGAGCCCAAGGGAAGAUGAAGUAAGAAAUCCCUGCAGGUAGCUGGAGCAUGGCAGGGCUAUAACAAACGGAGGAGGGGGCUGGUGGGAAGGACAAUCUAGAGGCUGAGUGAAUGGGCCCUCGGGCUGAGAGGCUGGAUGGGAAGGAGACACUGAAGGGCGAGGCCCAGGGCUCUGGCUUGAAGAGGGGGUACCCUGAGAUGGUGAUUGGGAGGAAAUGCAGUUUUGGGGAGAUACUACAAGUGUGGGACCCAGUGGAUGGGAGGGUCUCAGAGGAUUUCCAGGGCGAGGUGUCCAGGACACUGUGGGGCCCCAGGUUUGGGGCAAAGAGAUGAGGUUGGGGUUAGGGAAAAGAGACAGCCCGUGGUGGUGGUAAGAAGCGUGGGAAGAAGACAGCCAAGGACAGGGAUCAGGAAGGGCCCACCACCUCAAACAAGUCCUGGGGCAGGCGUAACAGGGGGAUAACACGUACCUCUAGGGUGGAUAUGGCUUGCUCUUCUUUUGCAUCACCUCAGGGCUAUAAGAGCGCCUCUCAGAGGAGGGAAGCUAAUGCGCAAGCGCAAGCCACUGAUGCGCAUGCGCCCCUGAUUCCCGCUCAGACGCCGGAAUGCGUGCCUGGGUCACGUGGCAGUCACGUGGUGAUCACUGUGGGAGCGCAACGACACCCCUAGGUGAUCCCUGCCCAGGAUCUGAGCGAGGCCGGAGCUCACAGAUGCCCUCCCUGCGCUCUCGCUUCCCCGUGGAGCUGGGCUCUGUUAGGGAUGCAGAAGCCCAGGUGGGACGACUGCAUCGCCUGGCUGUGGCCGGGGGCCCAGGCUGGGGCCUCACCCGGCUCCUGCGGAGAGUUGUCCAGGUGGAUGGUGAGAACUCUGCUGGGCAGACGGGGCUCUUCCUCUCGGCGCUGCUGGGCCACAGCUCUGCCGUGCAGCUCUUGCUGACCUUUGGCGCCAACCCCAACCACCGCUGCCUCGAUGGCAGCACACCUGUGCACGCAGGCGCCUUCUCGGGCCGCAGCCUGGUGAUGCUGCACCUGCUACAGGCGGGGGGUGACCUGCGUUUGCAUGACCAGCAGGGUCGCACGCCUCGGGACUGGGCAGAGCAGGGUGGUGCCAAGCAGAGCUGGGAGGUGCUGGAGCUGUUAGAGCUAUGCCGAGCCCGCAUAUCGGUACUAGUGCAUGGCGGUGAGUUGGCAGCCAAUGCAUCCCUGGGCCAGUUGCAGGCCAGCUCUAGACACAGCCCGUGUGGCUCUCUGUCCUUGCCGCGGCUGGUGCAUGCGGACAGGGCGCCGAGGCCGGAGCACAUCAGAAGACCCUCCCAAAUCCCAGCCUUGGGGUUUGGCCAGCUGAGCAGCCUGUGGCCACUGGGGCUGGUAACAGGCAUACCCCUCGCGGACCCCAAGGAGCUGCUGCCAGCCCAGGGCGAGCCUGACCGCACCUACGAGAGCAGCUCCCACACCCUCAUGGCCAACCUCCUGUGGAGGGGCCACCCUGUGACAGCUCGGCAGCUGAAGGCACCCGGAACUCAGCCAGAUGUGCUGUUAGCUGACCUUCAGCACUGCAGGUACACCACCCCCAGCCUGGCCCCCAGGCUGGCCCAGUCCCACAGACCAGUCUCCCGCCUGCCCUCUGGACUCAAGUGUCUCAUAAACAGGAGGCCAGGGAGUUUGGCGGUGGCCACGGUUACGGUCUUCACCUCUGGGCCAGCACCUGGCAUGGAGCCCUCUUACUGGAGUGACCACCCCUCCCCCCUGCUGUAAAGUGGGUCCCAGGGCUGUGUGCUGUGUAUUACAGGCCACAGAGGGGUGGCUGGCGUAGAGAGGGGUACCCCAGGUGGGGUACGAAUUGGAUGCUGGCCCUGUGAGCCAGGUCUCAGUUUCUCCUCUGUCUGGUGGCUGGUGCAGAUCGU